AUGGCCUAUCGCAGGUGGAAUUGGGGACUGUUGGCAUACUGCGCCAUCGUCACACUUGCGGAUUUCCUUGCCCAAUGUUUUCAAUGCGUACCGCUUCCAGGAUUGUGGAACAAAAGCGUGAAAGCACGAUGCUUCGCGCCAGCUCAUAUGACCCAGAUCACCAAGUUUCAGGGCGGUUCGGCUGUCAUAACGGACAUCCUCUGCGUACUGUUGCCCAUGUUGGUCCUCCGAAAUCUACAGGUCAGUCAACGGGAAAAAAUAGCUAUCUUCGUUGUCAUAGGAUUUGGAUUCUUUACCGCCGCAACCGCCAUUGCUAGAACUUCACUCGUUGAUUUUACAAGCAAGAACCCUACUUGGGAUCUCAUUCCCGUUGCCAUUUGGUCUUGCCUCGAACAAAACAUCGGCGUAAGCGUCGCCUCCUUGCCAGCCCUGCCCCAACUCCUCAACAUCCGCAAACAGCCAUAUCCAUCCCGUUCGUCCGAAGGAUUCUGCAACCACCACCACCACAACACCCGCCCCCCUCUCAAUGCCUUCGCCAUGAUCUCAGACAGCGAUCGUAUCCGCCUCCCCAACGAUGUUUCCUCCACUGAAACCAGCAGCCGCGAGGAAUUGUCAACUCUAACGCCAAAGAUGAGCGAUAUCGAAAGCUACCGCGACACAAGAGCGAGCCUGAUAAGUCUCAGCAUGGUCUCCCCGCCCCUCUGGACCGACCGCAAAAUCUCCUCAGCCGAAACGGUAGAGAUGAGCCGCGUGUCUCCAACCCCGACCUUCGUGGAACGCAAACCCUCAUCGAGGGAAAAAUUAAGACUCAGCAUGGUGGCCCCGUCCUGGGGCCAUAAGAAAACAUCAUCCGCGGACAAGGCAUACAGCCCGAACAACAGAAGGCUGAGCAUGGUCUCCCCCUUAUCCCUGGAUCGGCCGCCCUCUCCCUUUUCCGCCGCAAGGGUGCAGCAGCUCGGGAAGUUCGAGGAGACCGGCUUGCGGCACUCACGGGUCGCGACGCCGGAGGAAAUGGUGUCGUUGGGGAAUCAGGCGGCAUGUGGGUACUCGUGCACGAUUGAGGGGGGCACACCGAAGGGGACGCCGUAA